AUGCGCUCUGAGCGCCAGAACCGGGAGAAAGAUAGGGGCAGGUAUAGGAAGGAUUCGGAGCCCUCAAGUUCUUCUAGAAGGCCUAAAAAGAAGCCCAGGUUUGAUGGGCCAGUCCGAGCUGGGGUUACUAUUGCUAGACUACAGCCUUGUACUGACUGUAGGAGACAUCAUCUGGGUAAGUGUUGGAAGAAGAUUGGGGCAUGUUUCAGAUGUGGAUCUAAGGAGCAUCAAGUUAAGGAUUGUCCCCAAAGGCCUACUCAAAUGCAAGAUGUAGGUCAGGGUUUUGUUCAGCCAGUGAGAGGUGGUCAGCAGCCACCGAGAGGCCGUGGACAGGUUAGAGGUGGAAAUGGUGUAGGACGAUGUUGUGGAACAUUAGACAGAGGUGUUUGUAACAAUGAGGCGAGGCAGCUAGUACUGGUUUAUGCUACUCGUUACCGAGAGGAUGGUGAUGCUCUAUAUGUUAUAACUGGUACGUUCCGAAUUCAUAAUGUAUCUUACAUUGCUUUAAUUGAUAUAGGGUCUACGCAUUCACACAUUGCAUGUACUGUGUCUAGCACCUUAGGUAUCAUGUGUAAGAGUACUGUUAAUGAGAUGACUGUGUUAAGUCCACUGGGACAAUCAGUAAGAGUAGACAAGUUGUUCAGAGAUGUGCCCCUAGAGGUUCAAGGAGUUAUAUUUCUAGCAGAUUUGAUGGAACUACCGUUUGGUGAAUUCGACCUAAUCUUGGGGAUGGAUUGGUUGGUUAAACAUCGUGUAAGUUUGGAUUGUGCUGCUAAGCAUAUGAUAUUAAAGACUAUUGAGGAUGAGGAGAUGGCUGUGAUUGGGGAGCAAAGAGAUUUUCUAUCUAAUAUGAUUUCUGCAUUAAGGGCCGAAAAAUUGGUUCGCAAGGGUUGUGAAGCGUUUCUAGCUUAUAUUGGUGCAUCUGAUUCUGAGGGUCCUUCUAUUGGGGAUGUCAGAACUGUUAAGGAUUUUUUCGAUGUUUUUCCUAAUGAGCUCUCUAGGUUGCCUCCGAGCCGCGAAGUUCAAUUUGGAAUUGAGCUUCUGCUAGGAACGGCUCCAGUGUCUAUCACCCCUUAUAGGAUGGCACUGAAGGAACUGGUGGAGUUAAAAGCUCAAAUCCAAGAACUGUUGGAUCGAGGAUUCCUUCGACCUAGUGUGUCUCUGUGGGGAGCACCAGUGUUGUUCAUAAAGAAAAAGGAUGGGACCAUGCUCAUGUGCAUCGACUAUCGACAAUUGAAUAAACUGACUAUCAAGAAUAAGUAUUCCUUGCCGAGGAUAGAUGAUUUAUUUGAUCAAUUGCAAGGAGCAUCAGUUUUCUCCAAAAUAGAUCUUCAUUUUGGGUAUAAGACUGCGUUGAAGACUCGUUAUGGUCAUUACGAGUUGCUAGUGAUGCCAUUUGGGCUGAUGAAUGCACCAGCUGCCUUCAUGGACCUAAUGAACUGA